UCAUCAAUUUGUGCAGUUUUCAAUGGAGGUUACGCGCAACCAGACUUAACACACUUUGCCCGGAAAAAGGGAAUCAUGGGAUAGAAAUGGCGACUGCGACCCUGGAAGUGACUUUUGUGCACUGAAUGUAAUGGGAGAAUUCGGCCCCGUUUCAAACUGAAACUUAACUUUUUCGACGUUGGCUGAAUAUUGAGAGCCUGCUUAACCUCUGCCGCACGAAUGUCGAUGCGAACAGUGAUCCUGAUGGGCGUUCGGAUGGUGUUUUUGGUCGCGUCAAAACUGUGGGAGGCCCUGUGUUAUUUGAUACGGAAAAACACGAGAAAGGUUAUUCAGUACCAGACAAUCCGAUACGCCAAUGCACCACUCUCACCUCUUUCAAGACACAAACUCUCACUAGUGAAACGCAAGAUCAUGGUAUUGGACUUAGACGAGACGUUAGUACAUUCACAGCACGCUAGUCUCAUGAGGCCCAACAGACCCAGUAUACCGCCGGAUUUUGUUCUAAAGGUUACAAUAGAUGCUCUUCCUGAGAGAUUUUACGUUUACAAAAGACCUCAUGUAGACUUCUUCCUCAAUGUUGUCAGUCGGUGGUAUGAUCUUGUAAUAUUUACAGCAAGUAUGGAAAUCUACGGGUCACCAGUCGCUGAGAAACUGGACAACGGCAGGGGCAUACUUAAAAGACGUUAUUAUAGACAGCACUGCACGUUAGAUUCAGGCAGCUACACAAAAGAUUUAUCAGCGGUCAGUUCAGACCUCUCCAGUAUUUUUAUUGUGGACAACUCGCCGGGGGCGUACAAGUUGUAUCCAGACAAUGGGAUUCCCAUUAAAUCCUGGCUCUCAGAUCCAACCGACAUCGGUCUCCUGAGCUUACUUCCGAUCCUAGAUGCCAUGAGAUUCACCAGCGAUGUCCGCUCAGUGCUGCGAAGGAACGUCCUCCAAGCCGCCCACAGAACGUAGCUCCACCCCAAAACAAACUUCCAUUGGUGGCUGCGUAUGUACAUUCACAUGUUAUUAUUAUUGUCAUAGUAAUUUGUAUGAAAAAGUACAAACAAAAACAAAAUACAAAAUUUAUAUAUAGAUAUUGUUGGAACUGAUGGAUGAUCGCGUUGGCUAUAGGUCAGGGGUCAAAUGUCUGUGAUUGGGCCAAAUGGAACAUCCCUUUAAUUAAUGAAACAUCCCUGUAAUUAUGACCAAUACAUCUUUAUUAUUAAACAGAUACCAUUAUGUCAGAUUCAGUGGUCGAUUUAUUAUUUUUUCAAAUAAAAAAUUUGACAUGGUGGACAUGACCAAAAUGGUAGUGGUACUGUUUUGUGAUGUCCGCAGUAAAAGCCAAACUAGGACCCAGACUUUUAAUUAAGUCAUAAAAUCUUGGACACUAGAUACAAACAUGUAGCGUCCUUGCCAAAAGUUUAAGGGGGGGGUGUUUGACAUUACUGAAACAGUUGCUUUGUGGUAGUGGGCAGAGUGCUCAAUUUGAGAAAAAAAUGCCAAAAAGAUUUUUUUUUACAUGAGUAAAGUGAUUAUGUGUACUUGUAAUUUUUUUCAAAAGCAAAUUAAAGAACUUUCCCCAACUUAAAUGUGAA